AUGGCCGUGAAACAUUUAGUCGGAGUGAUUUUUGUCUUAGGAUGUCUUGCUUGGAGAAGCAGCGCCUCUCACGAUGAAGGUAAAUUUUUAGAUUUCAAAAUAACGUUAAGUAACUCUGCUUUUAAUUAAAUUUCGUGGCUUGGCGGACGGAAAGAUAGCGCAGUUUGCGAAACGUUUGGCGUUUGAAAGUCAAAACGUGAUUCAUUAUUAGCACCCUUCAAGACCCCAGCCGGCUCGCAAACAUUGUUGUUACAAAUAGCGAGUCCAAAGCGCGUAUUUGCGUGAAAAGCUUGCUUGCCUUUUUGUCAAGGGAUCUUUCAUUUGGGGGAAAGGAUAGCCACUUGUAGUUUAGUCUGCAUAUAAAUUAUUAGUUGUCAGCGGCGGAUCAGUCCCGGAAAUAUUGAUUGGGGAAGUCCAAACUUUGGUUCAGAAAUGAGUGUUGAACUUUUUUGUGGCAAAUUACUUCUCACGCAGACGACCACGAGUUUUUCUAUCUGUGAACGCCUCUGGAUCCGUCACUGGUUGUUUAGCCCCCGGGCACGAAGCAGAAAAGCCAGAAAAGCCAGAAAAGUCUUGUUUCCCCUCAUACGUGUAUUGAAUGAACGACCUCAUGCGAAAAUAAUUAAAACCAGAAACUACAAGAGUUUCAACAAAACAAAUUUCCAGCGGGACAUUUCUUCUGCACCUUUUCAUGUUGUCUCUAUCUUCAAAACUAUGGGCUUGGAACAAGGUAUUUUUUGAGGUGUGUGAUCAACACGCACUUCUUAAAGACGUAAACUCAGAAGCUCCUCGCCUACUUGGAUUACUAAUACUCGAAACGCGAAUGACUAGCGAGAACAAGCCAGCUUGGGUAGCCAAUCAGAACACAGGAUCCGCUUCGCCUUAUCCGCCUGCAGAUUAAGCUAUGAAUUUUAACAGCUCCCUUAAUGCGUUUUUUUAAGUCACACAAAGGGUUGUGAGACGGCUGAAAUUCAGGCUUUGCAGUGUUUUGUGAAAAAGUUCCGUUUCAGUGGCUCACAUUUAUCGGGAUAGAAGGGGGGGGGGUGAGGUCAAAUCUAUCAAAAGGAUUUGCACUGACGCAUUUUUGGCUACGCACGUUAACGCACGUAAAUUUUAAUCACGUAAGUAAAAUAGAGGCAAGAUAUUACCGUAAGUGUUGCGAUUGAAGUUGAGGGAGGUUCUACUUUUACGCUUACUUGCGACCUUUCAUAUAAUGCCUUUAUUUUAUUUGCGAACGUAACUUUUGCGCACGUACGCACGUAAAAAUUACGUGACAGUGGAAAUCAACUCUAACGCAGGCUACUUAACUUUGAGCUUUUAUGAUCUAACAGACUCUGCUACCAAAAAGUUAGAUGAACUUUUUGAGAUUAUCUCGAACUCUUUGGCGGGAAAUGACAAAUGUCAAGAUACGGAUUUACCAGGCGACUGCACCAUCACUUCCGACUGCCUCAAGAUCACAUGUAACGCGCACUUUGGCGGGAAAACCAUAACUUUGACAGUAAAGGUCAACAGGUAAUGAAAUAUAGUAGUUUUUAGUUUGCAGUGCAGGCGUAAUUUGGGCCGGCGAAAGCUGGUUGUUUAUGGUCGCACUGUUGAAACCGCCGAAAUCUUUGAUGUUAUGACGUAGGAAGGGAGAGGGAGAGUAAAAAUAGUAACCCUUAGUGUAGGUGUUAGGGUGAAAGAAGAAAAGGGGGAGGGGGAGGGAAGCCAACCCCAACCCCAAUCUCUUCUCUCUUCCCGCCCCCAACCCCUCUCCUUUUGACUCGCCCCAUUUUGUCCUCUCUCUUCGAGUUUCAACGUGGCGCUUUUGCGAGCAAAACACUCGCGCGCCCGAGGGAAACGCUUGCACUGCAGGAUAGGUUGAUUUGAUUUUUUUGGACAGAUUAAAAAUAAUUUUGAGAUACUUACUUCUAGUAUAAAAUGGCAUGUCCAUGAAGUAUUUAUGUUUUCACAGUCUUAACUAUAUUUUCCUAUUAGGCACUCGUGUAAUAAUGGGUCUAAUUGCCUGCUAUACCGGAAGUUUAUAUCAAAACCAAGUUUUGCGCAUGCGUUAUUGACACUCUAGGUGUGAUGAACCGGUCACCGUGACGAUAAAUGUGAAAGUGAAAGGAGAUGACGUGGAUUGGACACACGUGUUUACAUCCGGGGACGAGCUGGCCGUGCCGGGACUGGGCAUAGAUGUGAAAGGAGUCGCUAAGGCUGGUUUGUUUAUUAGAGUGAAGCUGGAACCUGAUGAUAACAUACUGACAGUAAAGGUUUGUGAUUGGUUACUUAUUAGGGCCAUUUAUACGAGGAAAAAUAAGACGCGUCUUAAAUAAGACACGAACUUUCCGUAUAAACGGCACCUUUCGUCUAAAAUAAGACGCGGCUUAGCUAAGACGCGUCUUAUCAGAUAAGACAUGCUCGUAUAAAUGGUACAGUUCGCGUCUUAUUUUUCCUCGUAUAAAUGGCCCUAUUAUGAUGUAGCCGUGUCGAAGGGGUUAGAGGGAAGGGGCAGAAACUGAAAAGUUCAUCAAAAUCGGCUUUUAAGAAACACACCAAUAAGUAUUCCAGGUAGCAGUUACCUGCAAACAUUUCAAAUGCGCUGGAAAUCUGGAAUAUGUAUUUUUGACUUACUGAACGAGAGAUACGGAAAAUCUGUUUGAGCGAGAUAAUCUGUCGAAAUCUGCGUUCACAGCUCCUGGAUUUGCAUUCCCUACACUUUACAUAGCCGUUAUUCCAUCAUAAAGCAUCCAAUGUGGAAGAAGGUUUCAAAAUUGCGUUGCAGCUACGCUAUAGUUUUUCUAAGUUUGACAUUACACAGCUAACUUGAAUGAGUUUUACGUUUCUUCAACGCCAUCUGUCCCUUUUACAUCCACAAGACACGUGUUGUAACUUUAGUCCAUGUUCAUAGUGUGAGAAAGAGAGGGCGUUGGUAAACACUUGAUGGACGUGACCGAAAGUACAUUUAGCGGUGCUAACUGCUGUAGAUGUCUAUGUUUUCCUAAUCUUAUUAUCCAGGUUAUUCUAGAAGGAGGAACUAAAGUCGGUUCAGUAACAUUCUUUCCUUUGAAGAUGACCAUUGUGACUCAAAAGCUGCCCAUUUCCACAGCCUACUGUGGUAAGUAAAAAUACCCGCAGAAAUUGUUACAUCCUUAAAUUUUGUCUUUUUCGCGUUGUAAUGUACUAAUGGCUCAUCACUCAAGCCAACAAACCUCGUUUCCAGUAUCUCUCUUCUGAGAGGAGUGAGAGCGCGAACGGACCGGAGGAAACGACAUACUGGGAACGAGGUUUGUUUGGAGCAGAAACUUUGCGUGGAAAAUAAGUGACUUCAUACAAUGAUUCAGUCUUGUUUAUGUAGCAAGUGGUAAAGAAAUACAUACUUCCAGCGAUGUAAGAUUCCGUACGAUUUUGACAUCUCACCAUUUAGCUUACUUGAAAGGCGUAUAGCUAAGGCAGGUGGGGGGAGACAAAACCCAGCCACAAAUCCUGGCGUGAGUAAACAGAAGACAUUUUGAGAAACGAGCGCAGAGAUGACUCGUCGCUACUUAGAUCUGGGUAGUGCUCCUGAUUGGCUGAAGCAAUUUUCCCACGCAGCACAACCAAUCAGAAGCACUACCCAGAUCUGGGUAGUGACGCGUCAUCAGUAUGGAAUUUCUGCAGUCGUUCCUCAGACGUCGUUUUCCCAGGGGAAACUAGUGGCGGGUGGCGUCGCAAAAUGUCGGCUGUUUUCCCAGGCUAACAAAUCUUCGCCUUAUCAUUUUGACCCAUUUCACAUUUUUUCUUUUUUUUUUUGUCGGUAGGAUUUGUUCGCUGGUGGGAAGCGCGUAACACCGCUGUGCGCAUAGUGCUAGUGUUGGUGUUCCUGUUGCUGGUGCUGUCAAUCAUCACAGGGUUUAACUGCUGUUGUUGUUGUUGUUGCUGCUGUAGACCCUGCCGCAGAAAAAGGUUAAGAUUCAUUUUAUAA